AUGGACACGUCGUCAACCCUCGCGACGAGCGCCACCCCGACAAUUCCCGCCGAACAGCUUUGCCGCACUUACAUCGCUGCUGUCGGGACUCACCGCUGCCGCUUCCGGCACUACCGCACCCGCCACGACAUCCGGCUCCCAAUCGCAAUGCCUUCCCGAAGCAUGCGCGGUUGGACGGGCCGAAGACGUUCGCGAACUGGACACGCCAGCUUCGCCUGUGCCUAGCGGACGACAUCCGCUCCUACGUCCUCGACGGAAUCACCCCCGACGAUUGGACGCCUUCGCAACGCUCCGCCCGCGACGUCGUGGCACGCGAGAUCCUUGCAAACUCAAUCGACUCGGCCGAAGUCUCGGCAGUCCUCGACAAGAUCCUACGGCGACCUCACAGCGCCCAAGAUUUACUCGACGCUGAAAUCGCGAUACGCCCCUGAUGACGCCACUCGCACGCUCGAGCUCUUCUCGCGACUCUGGGGCUUCCGACCCAUGCCCGGAACGGUUGGCGAAUUUGACAGUUGGAUCAUGGACUUCAAGUCGGUCGCGCAAGAGAUCAUCGAUACGAAAACGACGAUCAACGACGUCCUUGCCACACUCCUCCUCGCGAUCGCCCACCCGUCACUCGAGAGCUUCAAGGCAACGUUCACCGACGAACAACGCACGCAACGAACUCUCCCUGACAUCGAUUCAGUGGCCGACCGUAUGCGAGUUCAACUCCGGUCAACGAACCUCUCCAACGAUCAAUCGGCCCUCCUUGCCUCGUCGUCGCCACGUUCUACCCGUACCAAGUGCCUCGCCUGUCGCAGCUCUUCUCACCGCGUCGCACAAUGCCCUACAAGGGCCCAGCAUCCACCGCCAGGCCCGUGUCGCUCCUGCAAGAAGAAGGACCACUGGUCUUUCGACUGCAAAAAGGCUCUUGAGGACGGGAAAACGCCCGACACCUCUGAUGCGCAACACCAUGUCGGAUGUCUCGCCACCGGUCUUCUCGCACAUCGUCGUCAGCUUCGCAACAACUCCUUCGUCGUCGACUCGGGUGCCACUUCGCACAUGGUCUCGGACAAGUCGCUGUUCACGGCCUAUCGCCACAUCGCUCCUACGAAGAUUGGUGGUAUUGCAGGGGGCAUCAACGCCGUCGGAACGGGAAACAUCGCCUUUGUUGCCGCCUCCGGUCACCCGAUCACGCUUACCGGCGUGCUGCACACCCCGGGCCUGUCUGUCAACCUCCUCUCGGUCUCUCGACUUUGCGCACACCGACGAUGUCCGUGUCGCCUUCACGAAGCACGGCAUCCAUAUCGACAAGAACGGCAAUGCUAUCGCUGAAGGCGCAAGACUCGAGGAAGGGCUCUACUUGCUGGACGCUGAUCAUUCCAAAUGUCAGCAUCUCGCUCUCCUCUCUCGCUCACAGUCUUCCGUGCCCCUGCUGACCCUUCACCGCUGCCUCGGCCAUCUCGCACCGUCGUCCAUACAGAAGAUGGUUGCCGCUGGUUUGCUGGAAGGUCUCGGGGCCGGAUAUAGUGACGAAGAGGUAGAGAAGUUUGUCUGCAAUGCUUGCCUCAGUGCAAAGGGCCAUCGUCUUCCUUUUCCCGAUUCGGACUCGCACUCCUCAGAGAGACUCGGCCUCGUACACAGCGAUGUGCUUUCCUUUCCCGAGUCGUCCUUGACUGGCAAGCGUUACCUGGUCACGUUUCUUGACGACUUCUCGCGCAAACUGUGGGCAUACGCGAUCGGACACAAAAGCGAAGUCUUUGGCGUGUUCAAGACAUGGCUUGCCGAGGUCGAACUCGAGACGGGUGCAAAACUGAAGGUCCUCCGAACCGACAAUGGUGGCGAAUACUGUUCGAGAGCGUUCACGGAAUUCUGUAAGGCACGCGGCACACGUCGACAAUACUCUAUCCCUCGAACGCCUCAACAGAACGGUCGUGCCGAACGAGUCAAUCGUUCUAUCGUCGAAGGUGUCCUUGCCCUCCUUGCAGACGCCCACUUACCCAAAUCAUUCUGGGAGGAGGCAGCAGCUUAUUUCGUCUACUGCAAGAACCUGUGCGAACACUCGGCCCUGGACAAGGCAACACCGAACUUCGCCUGGCAGGGCGACCGCACCAACGCCUCGGCGCUUCACCCGUUCGGCUGCACGGCUUGGCUCACAGUCGCGCCUGAACUUCGCUCGAAACUCGACCCGAAAGCGGUUCGCGUUCUCUUCACCGGCUAUGACCUGGCUUCUAAAGCCUUCCGUUUCUACGACACGACGACCAAGAAGAUCAGUUUGGGCAGAAAUGCCAGGUUCCUCGACAACGAAUUUCCCGGGUUACGUAGCGACUCCACCGAGCAAGACGCCGACACGCACUUCGCCAGCGCUUGCCCGACCACCGAAUCCCAAGCCGUUGUCAAGACAUGGACCCCACUAGUAAGGUCGGCGCACAUGGACGUCUCAUCCUCUCUUGAUGACUCUGCCAUGAGCGCCGUUGACGUGGCCCCAGGGUACACUGGCGGAACCUUACUUAAUUCCACAGAUGCCGAAUCGUCCUCGUCACCGUCUCCUGAGCCGUCCUCGUCACCGUCGCCCGCAACCCCUUGUCACCGUCGCCUGCGCUGUCACCGUCGUUGGCUGCGUCAUCGUCACCCUCGGCCUUACCGACCGACUCUGACUACUCCGCCGACCCUCUGGACCUCAUCGGCUCACAGACCCCGACUCGCCUCGGCCCACCGGACGUGCACCGCCCAGACUUCAGCACGUACCGUGAGCCCGCAUCGGCUGAGGAGUCGCCCGACGAACUCGACAUCCGCCACUCGCGCGAUGAAUCGCCGGACGAAAUCGGCGCCUUCAUCGACGACGCUGCCAGUCAAGUCCGACUGCAGUGAGCGCGUCCCGAAGGUGCGCGAAGCUGAAUCCGACCAACUGUGAGCACGAUGCGCCACACAAGUCAUGCGCGCGCCCCCGAACUCAUGAGUGAAGGAACCCACUCUCUACUUCAGUGAGCGCAUAUUGUCCCGAAGUUCAACAAGUCCAUCACCAGCGACCCACAGACAUGGCGCGAGGCAAUGUCGAGUGACAAGCGCGAAGUGUGGGCCAAGGCCGCUACCGACGAGUUCAAUUCCAUGCGCGACGACUUCAAGGUCUUCACCAUCGAGGACCGAUCCACGGUACCAGCGGGUGCGACCAUCGUCACAUCCAAGUUCGUCUGGAAAACGAAACGGAAUGCACUCGGCGAAGUCACCGGCCACAAGGCACGGCUCGUGGCGCAGGGAAAUCGGCAACGCGACGGCAUCGACUUCAACGAAACCUUCGCACCAGUCGCACGCUUCUCCUCGAUACGCUCACUCCUCGCGCUGGCGGCCGCCAACGGCUUGCACGUGCACCAGGCGGACAUCGACAAAGCCUAUCUGCAUGGCGACCUUGACCAUGACAUCUGGAUGACGACACCGCGCGGCUUCGACCUUCCCACCGACAAGGUGCUUCGUCUGCGACGCUCCAUCUACGGACUCAAACAGGCUGGCCGAAUCUGGAAUCGACACAUCGACGCAUCGCUUCGAGAUCUCGGCUAUACGGCGACGGGCACCGACCACUGCGUGUACUCUCGGAUCGACGAUCGGCGACGCCCACACUACAUCGCGCUGUACGUCGACGACCUCCUGAUGAUCAGCCCCGACUUGGCCGAAAUUGAACGUGUCAUCUCGGGCCUCGAACAACGCUACGGCGUCAAGCGCCUCGGCCCGGCAGAGUACAUCCUCGGCAUCCAGAUCAGGCGACUCGAAGACGGUUCUAUUGCCCUGUCCCAGGAACGGUACAUCAUGGACGUGCUUGCUCGGUUCCACUUCGACACCACGACUCGCGGCACUACAGUCCCGAUGACCCCCGGCCUUUCGCUCACCGCCAUCCCGGGUCAAGGCACCGAACGGAUCAGGUCAUGGUAUCUGCAGGCUAUCGGCUCGCUCCUCUACAUUUCGCUCGGCACCCGCCCCGACAUCGCCUUCGCCGUGUCCUACCUGGCCCGCUUCGCCAACAACCCUGGACGUCGUCACUGGAUCGCGGUCAAGCACAUCCUCCGCUAUCUCCGGGCCACAUAUCGCGACGAACUGGUUUAUGCUUGCGGCGAGACACGCAUCACGGGCGUGGUUGGCUACUCCGACGCGAACUGGGGGGCCUGCGUCGAUACGUCGGUGUCCACUAUGGGCUACGUCUUCUACAUUGCCGGAUCCGCCGUGUCUUGGUCGUCCAAGCUAUGA